UUUAAGGAUGGGUGAAAGUGAUCAUUAUGGCUUUUCGCUUACAACUUUCAGUCCUUCGGGCAAGCUAAUGCAAAUCGAAUAUGCUUUAAAUGCAGUAAAAAAUGGACAACCAUCUGUGGGAUUGCGAGCAUCAGAUGGCGUGGUAUUAGCUACCGAGAAUAAGAUAUCGGUGCUAUAUGAAGACCAACCAAAAGUAGAAAAAAUUAGCCAACAUAUCGGUUGUGUUUAUAGCGGCAUGGGGCCUGAUUACAGAAUACUGGUUAAAAAGGCACGGAAAUUAGCAAUGGAAUAUGAAUUGAUGUAUGGUGAGGAAAUACCUACGACACAACUUGUAACAAAGUUAGCCGCGGUAAUGCAAGAAUAUACUCAGUCAGGCGGUGUUCGGCCAUUCGGCGUAUCAAUGCUUGUUGCUGGUUGGGACCAUGAGCCAAGUCCCGGUCGACCGCUUCUGUUCCAGUGCGAUCCUUCGGGAGCAUAUUUUGCUUGGAAAGCAACAGCUUUGGGGAAGAAUGAUGUCAAUGCAAAAACAUUUUUGGAGAAACGGUUUAGUGAUGCGUUAGAACUGGAUGACGGUAUUCAUACGGCAUUACUUACAUUGCGUGAAAGUUUUGAUGUUGGCAUGACGGAAGAUAACGUGGAAAUAGCGGUGUGCAAUAAAAAUGGGUUCAUGCGUUUGUCAAAGCAACAAGUGAAGGAUCAUCUUGGUGCACUCUGAUUACUGCAUUUUCUUUUUUUUUUAUUGUAGCUGGCAUUAUUGUACUCAAUUCGUUGUUUUUUGGCAUUAUUUAUAUGUUAAUUUGUAUUUGGAAUUAUUAAUGUUCGAACAGUACUUUUCCAAAGUCUUAAGAUAUCCUUCGGAAUCUUGUCCUCUACUUUUCCUUUCAUUGCCUUCUGUACGCUGCUUACUAUGUAGCCUUGCAUGAAAACAUAGGGAUGGUAAACUUUUCAAAAUUAGGAAAAAUGUUAUUGUCCAUUAAUCUUCCGUCAUCUCCGGUAUCUGUGCGUUUCGAAUUUUUGAUGCAUCGAUUGAUAUGGAUAUAAUCGGGAAAAACAAUGUUUUCAAAACAUAAGUCUUCUGGUUUUGUACUUGUCAAAGCCGCAAAUAAAAAAUCUAGAGAAUG